AUGCGUCGCCUCCGACCCAAAAGCCCUUUGGACCCCUUAUCCCGGGACUGUCCGGAGAAGCGGGGCGCCAACACCGGCACAGCCCUGUCCGAAAGCCGUCCAAGGCUUCCAGGCUGGCAUCCCUCCAUGGAGCCGGUGCCCCGGGAAACCUGCUCGAAUAACCGGGAUUACUAUAAUUACUAUUACACGGGAGCUAUAAAAUUCCCGUGGCACCUCACCGACACGUUUUUCCAAGAGCCCGGGCGCAAUUUUCGCAGGGCUGCUAACUUUCUGCGUCUGACACGGAAUACGCCCCACGGGAGAGAAAGCCACCCCGAGCAGAAGCGGCGCAGACAAAGCCGGGGGGCUGCAGCGGGAUGCGGGAUGCGGGAUGUGGCGGGAUGCGGGAUGUGGGAUGCGGACAGCGGCUGCCGCGCCUGCAAGGUGUGGAUCUCCUUCGACGUGCUGUGCUGCACCGCCAGCAUCUGGAACGUCACGGCCAUCGCCCUCGACCGCUACUGGUCCAUCACCCGCCACCUGGAGUACACGCUCCGCACCCGGCGCCGCAUCUCCAACAUCAUGAUUGCCCUCACCUGGGCACUCUCUGCCUUCAUCUCCUUGGCCCCGCUGCUCUUUGGCUGGGGGGAGACUUACUCAGAGGACAGUGAGGAGUGCCAAGUCAGCCGGGAGCCUUCCUACACCAUCUUCUCCACCUUUGGCGCCUUCUACCUGCCCCUCUGCGUGGUGCUCUUUGUGUACUGGAAGAUCUACAAGGCCGCCAAGUUUCGAAUUGGGUCUCGGAAGAACAACUCCAUCACCCCCAUUACACCAGAAGCCCUGGAGGUAAAAGAAGCUGCCCAGCAGCCACAGAUGGUCUUCACUGUCCGUCAUGCCACUGUUACGUUCCAGACGGACGGAGACACGUGGAGAGAGCAGAAGGAAAAGAAAGCUGCCCUCAUGGUGGGCAUCCUUAUCGGGGUCUUUGUGCUCUGCUGGAUCCCCUUCUUCAUCACGGAGCUCAUCAACCCCCUCUGCUCGUGCGACAUCCCACCCAUUUGGAAGAGUAUUUUUCUAUGGCUGGGCUAUUCAAAUUCCUUUUUUAAUCCACUCAUCUACACUGCUUUCAACAAAAACUACAACAAUGCCUUCAGGAACCUGUUCUUUAGACAGCACUGA